AUGGCCAGUGAAGGAAAAGCGACCUUCUCCGCGGCCGCGACGCCGUCGCCGAGCGAGGCAUCGAGGGGUGUAGGCGGCAAAUUGAAGCGGCAAACCGCGAGGAGGCAUCCGUCGACGCCCUACUCUCGACCACGAGAGAACGAGGUACAACGGAGGCCGUGGAUCUCGAGAAUCGUCGAUCCUGCUUAUCGGAUUAUUUCCGGCGGCGCCACGAGACUACUUCCCUACUUCUUCUCGAAUGCCGCCUCCGCUCCAGCUCUCACAGCUCCAGACAAUCGAGAUCAACAUCAACAUCAAGAUAACUUGCAGGAUGAUCAACAGGAGAUUGACGCCAGUGUAACCCCAAGCUUUAAUAAACCGGUGUCAGCAUCAAUUGAGGAGGGAGGUCCUAGUGGUACAUCAAACGUGAAUGAAGGCACUUUCAACAUCAGUGCACAGACAAGAGGCAAAACAGCUUUAACUGAUGUGGUUGCGAUCUCGGAGCUUGAAAGGCUAAUGGAAGGAAAAACGUUUUCACAGGCUGAAACUGAUCGUCUCAUAGAGAUAAUAACUUCAAGGGCUAUUGAUCUACCUGAUAUCAAGAGAGACGAGAAAAAUUUGGAGAUGCCAUCGAGAGAGGGAGCCAAGAAAAGUGUGAGUUUCUUUGAUGAGAGAAAAGAGGUCUCUGGUGGCAAGGAUGCUAAUAGGGAACUUUGGGCUACACCAACCCCAAUUGCCAAGUCAAUGGUUUUGGACGGAGACAAACAGAUUGGAGAUGAAGCUGGUCUCUCACCGGCAGAACUUGCCAAGGCAUACAUGGGAGGCCAGACACCAUCGAGUAGUUCCAGAGGCUUUAUAGCAAAAAAUGAAAAGGAUUCUUUUGACGGGGGUUUAUUUGGAGCAAAAUCAUUUUUUGCAUCUCCAUCAACCAAGCCUUCCGCAUGUUGGCCGGGUAUCAAGUUAAAUGAGCAAAGUGGUUUUGAGACUCCUCAAAGCCAACGAGGAAGCGUUGGACUUCAAAAUUUUCCUAGGACCCCGUAUUCUCGAUAUAUCCUCUCAAGUUCUAAGUCCAAGUUGAUGCAAUUGCAGGACAAUAGUAGCAAGCGCCUAAACACUCUCCAGUCUCCCUCUCAAAGUGUGCAGACAAGAUAUGGCCAGCUCACAUCUAGCAAGGGAAGGGAUGAUGGAGUUUUCGGACCCAAUAGAAGAUCUCGCCGGAGCGCCACACCUUCCAUGAUGUCUCCUUACUCACGGCCUUUCAGGGGUGUGUCUCGUAAUGAAAAUUCUUCUAUCGUGAAGAGCUCUGAAGCAAGGGAAUCAAGUAACCUAUCUAGGUCCCAGACAACAACUUAUGAUAAGCAUCAAGGUUCAGAAGUUGGUACCCCGACUGUGCCUCCGCAUUCUAGUCAGAUUGCGAGGACGAUAUUGGAUCACCUUGAACGGACCCAACCCACCCCGAAUAACAAGUCUGCUGAGUUAAAGCUUGCCACUUCUUGGAGAUAUCCACAGUCCUCGAAAAAUGCUGAACAAAGCAGCUCGAACGUCAACAAUGUGAAAAACGGUGGCUCAGCUAAGCUGAAUGAAGAUACCCAGAACACUUUCUCUCACAAUCUGCCAUCCUCUGUGGCUAAACCUUCUGCAGUUACCACCAGUGACACUCAGAAUGGAAUGGCCAAGACCGCUUCAGCAUCAAACGGAAUAUUCCGUGGAACACAUGAAGCAAGUAGUAGUGGUACCGCAGGCCAAUAUGAUUUAGGGAAGCCUAAGGGUUCUCUUUCCAGAAGCACAGAUGAAAAGUUGGACGCUGCAAAAGCUGUCACUUUUAGAAGCGAACCUGCGAAUAUCCCGAAGCCACCAUCUCAUUCACUGGGAAAUAAUAAACCGGCUCUUGCAUCGAUUUCAGUAGCCAAGACCUACCAACGAUGGGCAGCUCCUUCGGGUUCAAACGCUAGCUUCACAUUCCCGGUCUCUUCAGCCGAUGGAGCAACAUCAUCAGAGCCCACAACUCCAUCCAUCAUGCCAUUCACGACGAGCCCACCACCAGCAUCUUCGCCUUCUGGUGGUGUUGCCAUUACAAGUCAACAUGAAGCAGCAAAAGAUGAUGAGAUUCCUCAGUUUAGUUUCGACGGAAACAGAAGAGGAGAUAAGUCUCCUGUGGUCUUUGCUUAUCCCUCUGCGAGCGAAGAGGUGAUGAGUGAGGAUGAUGAGAGGUCAGGUAUCAAGUUCACAUUUGGGUCUGAAAAGCCGAAGAAGAGAGUAUCUUUCAGCUCAACAGAUGGUGUUUGCUGUUAA